CGGCACAUUGCGCAUUGGGCGUGCCCAAACAAUUUGUGGAGGUUUCCACUGCCUCUUCGAACUCGCUCGAAUCCUCCACAGUCCACAAUCACUCAACUCUUUUUAUUUUUAGCCUUUACUCCACUUCCACGCAAACCUUCUUUGGUUCUUGUCCUCGUUCGUUUCCUAAUUGUUAACCGGAUAAGCUCACCGGAGUUUCUGGCGUCUAGUCAUGGCCUCUACGACGGCGUUUUCUGGGCUUAGCGCUCCUCAUUCGGUUCCAAUUUGCUGCAACAGAAACGAUGCUCGAUUUGCUCAGCCACAGCUCUUCCUAAGUUUUCCUUCGAAGUCGAAAUCCGCAUCUCUUAAAGCCUUAAAAUCCCUGCCAUUGAAUAGAACGGCUUCUUGGACCAAUGGUUUUCCGAGAAUUCGCAGAAAUUGUAAACGUUUCUCUGUCCGCUGUGAAGCUUCUUCAAGUGGAAGGAUUACGCAACAAGAGUUCACAGAAAUGGCGUGGCAAGCGAUUGUUUCAUCGCCGGAAGUUGCGAAAGAGAAUAAGCAUCAGAUUGUGGAAACGGAGCACUUGAUGAAAGCUUUGUUGGAGCAGAAGAAUGGGCUCGCUCGCCGGAUCUUUUCCAAGGUUGGGGUUGAUAAUACCCGGUUACUAGAGGCCACUGAUAAGUACAUCCAACGGCAACCCAAGGUUCUGGGGGAAUCAGCUGGUUCAAUGUUAGGGCGUGAUUUGGAAGCAUUGAUUCAGAGAUCCAGGGAUUACAAGAAAGAAUAUGGAGAUUCAUUUGUGUCAGUUGAACACUUGGUUCUUGGUUUCGCACAAGAUCAACGAUUUGGAAAGCAGCUGUUUAGAGAUUUUCAAAUAUCUCUGCAAGCUCUAAAAUCUGCGAUAGAGUCCAUUCGUGGACGUCAGUCAGUUAUUGACCAGGAUCCUGAAGGGAAGUAUGAAGCCUUGGAAAAAUAUGGGAAGGACUUGACAGCAAUGGCUAAAGCGGGCAAACUUGAUCCAGUCAUAGGAAGAGAUGAUGAAAUACGUAGGUGCAUUCAGAUUCUUUCUAGAAGAACAAAGAAUAAUCCUGUGCUAAUUGGUGAGCCUGGUGUUGGAAAGACUGCAAUUUCUGAAGGACUUGCACAGAGAAUUGUUCAGGGAGAUGUUCCUCAAGCUUUAAUGAAUCGUAGGCUUAUAUCUCUUGACAUGGGUGCGCUUAUUGCUGGAGCAAAGUAUCGUGGAGAAUUUGAGGAUAGAUUGAAAGCUGUUCUUAAAGAAGUGACAGAAUCUGAAGGCCAGACCAUCCUUUUCAUUGAUGAGAUUCAUACAGUUGUUGGGGCAGGUGCUACGAAUGGUGCUAUGGAUGCUGGUAAUCUCUUAAAGCCUAUGCUUGGUCGAGGUGAGUUGCGAUGUAUCGGUGCAACAACAUUGGAUGAGUACCGGAAAUAUAUAGAGAAGGACCCAGCACUAGAGCGUCGUUUCCAGCAAGUUUAUGUCGAUCAACCUUCUGUAGAAGAUACCGUUUCUAUACUAAGAGGACUGCGGGAAAGAUAUGAGUUGCAUCAUGGAGUUCGCAUUUCUGACAGUGCACUUGUAGAAGCUGCAAUUCUUUCAGAUCGUUACAUCAGUGGGCGAUUUUUGCCUGACAAAGCGAUUGAUCUGGUUGAUGAGGCAGCUGCUAAACUGAAAAUGGAAAUUACUUCUAAACCCACUGCACUUGAUGAGAUCAAUCGAUCAGUCUUGAAACUGGAGAUGGAGAGACUCUCUCUCACAAAUGAUACUGACAGAGCUUCUAGAGAUAGACUAAAUCGUCUUGAGGCUGAGCUCUCUCUCUUAAAAGAGAAACAAGCUGAGCUGACUGAGCAGUGGGAACAUGAAAAGUCUGUAAUGACUCGUAUCCAGUCAAUUAAGGAAGAGAUUGACAGAGUAAAUCUUGAGAUCCAGCAAGCUGAGCGGGAGUAUGAUCUUAAUCGUGCUGCUGAGCUGAAGUAUGGCAGUCUAAACUCCUUGCAGCGGCAACUUGAAAGUGCAGAGAAGGAAUUAGAUGAAUAUAUGAAAUCUGGGAAGUCUAUGCUGAGAGAAGAAGUUACAGGAAGUGAUAUUGCUGAGAUUGUAAGCAAGUGGACAGGUAUCCCCGUUUCAAAGCUUCAACAAACAGAAAGGGAAAAGUUAUUGCAUUUAGAGGAAGAGCUCCAUAAGCGUGUUGUGGGUCAGGAUCCUGCUGUUCGGGCUGUAGCUGAGGCUAUCCAACGUUCGAGAGCAGGCCUUUCAGAUCCUCACCGCCCAAUUGCAAGUUUCAUGUUUAUGGGACCUACUGGCGUUGGCAAGACAGAGCUGGCAAAGGCCCUGGCUUCCUACUUGUUUAACACUGAAGAGGCACUCGUACGAAUUGAUAUGAGUGAGUAUAUGGAAAAGCAUGCAGUUUCAAGAUUGAUUGGAGCUCCACCUGGGUAUGUAGGGUAUGAAGAGGGAGGGCAACUAACUGAGACUGUCCGCCGCAGACCUUAUGCAGUAAUCUUGUUCGAUGAGAUUGAGAAGGCACACUCAGACGUUUUUAAUGUUUUCCUUCAGAUUUUGGAUGAUGGCAGAGUGACUGACUCACAGGGCCGAACAGUGAGUUUUACCAACACUGUUAUUAUCAUGACAUCUAAUGUAGGAUCCCAGUAUAUUCUUAAUGUCGAUGAUGACACUCCAAAAGAGCUAGCUUAUGAUACCAUAAAGCAACGGGUAAUGGAUGCUGCAAGGUCCAUCUUUCGCCCUGAAUUCAUGAAUAGAGUUGAUGAAUAUAUUGUUUUCCAGCCUCUAGACCGUGAACAAAUCAGCAGCAUUGUCAGGUUACAGUUGGAUCGUGUGCAGAAGAGAAUUGGGGAUCGCAAGAUGAGAAUCCAAGUGACAGAUGCUGCUGUCCAACUUCUUGGAAGUUUGGGGUAUGACCCCAAUUACGGUGCUAGGCCAGUGAAGCGAGUGAUUCAACAGCAUGUGGAGAAUGAACUCGCCAAGGGUAUCUUGAGAGGAGAAUUUAAGGAGGAGGACUCGAUUUUAGUAGACACAGAAGUCACGGCAUUUGCUAAUGGUCAACUUCCCCAGCAAAAGUUAGUCUUUAAAAGACUUGAAGCUGAUCCAGAAUCAACUGCUGAUGACAGCCGGGAAGCCUUCCCCCAGCCUCUCUGACUGCCUUUUCACACAAUUUUUGAGAAUGCAUGACCUUUCAUAUACCGGUUGAAGUCUUGUUCUGUGUAUAGCUUGCGUCUAUCCUAAAUUGAUUCUUCUAAUGUUGUUGAGUGGCCAAUACGAUGAUAAAUGAUAAUGCACCAUAUGUCUCUUGUGAAAAAUUGGGAUAGAUAUUCUUUCUGUGUCGCCACUCGAAUUCGUUCGCUCAAGCUAAGUAAACAACCAAAUAAUUGUUCUUGUAAUAA